CGAUAAUAUUUACAUUGGCGAACGGUUGUGUUCAGCCAGUCAUUUUACGCAAAUUUUAAACAAAUCUUCCAACGUUCAUUGAAAAUGGACAGUUGCCGUUUGUGUUUAAAAGAAUUUCAGUUGCUACGGAAAAACUACAAUAUUCGAAUAAUGAAAAACAAGAUGGAACACGUCUUUACAUUCGAGAUUAAACAAAUGUAUGGCCUGCCAGAUGGCGUGUGCCCAAAAUGUGUGGAGAUAAUAUGCCAAUUUUAUGAAUAUUCCUGUGAGGUUCGCAAAAAUCAAUCAAAGCUGUACGAACAAACAACAGACGAAACAGCGGUAGCAAAGGAAACGGAUGUUGGAAAUAUGGAAUCGAACAAAAUGGAACAUUCAGAGCUUAUUAUUGAAGAAACCGUGGAAAACAACGAUACGAUUGAUUGCGAGAUACAAGAAAGCAUCAACAAAGAUACAAUCAGUCAGUACUUCAGUAUGGUGUGCGAUAUAUGCCAGCAGGACCAGAAUACGUAUCAAAAUUUGGAAAUUCACUUUCGAAAAUUUCACGGAAAACAGUGCUAUAUUGUGUGCUGCGAACAAAAGUUUAUCGGUGAAUAUCGAAUUUCGUGUCACCUGGAAAAACACGUUGCAAUCGGUAAGGGGAAGCAGCAGAAACAUGAAUCAUCAUGGAACCGAAGGAUGGCGGCUAAUUUCGGAUCAAUGUUAACAGAUUUUAAAAAUGUGCUGAAAGAUUAUGAUGGACCACUCCCAAAUAUUGAACUAGCACUGAAGGGAAACUGCAGGGAGCAGAAAAAUAUGUAUAAGGCACAGGAUUUCUUGAUACGGACUUUUUUCAGUUUGGAUUGCGAAUUGUGUGGGGCUAAAUUUGCUGACCAAAUUAAACGUCGCGAACACUUUCAUCAAAACCAUCCAGAUACUAAAUAUUUCGUCUCUUGCUGUGGACAGCGUUUCAGUCUUCGUAUAAGUAUGAUGCUUCACUUGAAUAAGCACUGGAAACACAUUGCCAAUGGAAGGACAGCUUCAGUUUGUAAACAAUUUAAGGCAGCCUAUUAUCCUCUGAUUAAAGAUUUCCGCGAGGAACUGAUAGAAGGUGGCUUCGAACUGCCCUCUGAAGUACCCAAGUGCAAAUCGACCGAACAAGUGCAGUUGCUAAGUGCUAUGCAGGAAUAUCUGAUAAGCAAGCAUAGUCCACUUAAUUGUGAUGCGUGUAUGGUUCAACUGAACAGCUACAAGGAAAGACGCGACCAUUUCCUCUCAUGUCAUCCAAAGGAGAGACUUUUCAUCGAGUGUUGCGAAACCAGAUUCUUUGAAAAACAUCGAGUAAUUCUACACUUGGUGCGGCAUAAAAAAUUGUUACCAACAAUAUUUCCUAGCAGUAACUAUCCUCGAGGUGCUAGAAACGAAAAUCCGGAACAGAAUGAUUCCAUUAUUGAGAAUUUCUACAACAUGAUAUGCGAAUUGUGUGAAUACACAGGCCCUUCAUAUCAGGAACUACGCACCCACUUUCGACAAUGUCACCCAGGAGAGGUAUUUUUCAUCAAAUGUUGUGACAGACCUUUGAAGAGUAAGCAUCGAAUUUUGCAACACAUCGCAACCCAUCAGAAGCUGAUCGGAUGCGAACAGUGCGAGGCAAAGUUUGCCACCGAGCGCAAUCUGAUGGACCAUUUAGCUCGGAAACAUGCCAGUGAGGAGGAGAAAACCUUCGUCUGUGCUGUCUGUGGACAAGCCUUUGCCUCCAAUCAAUUGCUCGUGACUCAUUCACACAAACAUGAGAUGGUGGCGUGUGAUUUGUGUGGUGCAGAACUGAGACGCAAUUCUCUUCGGGUUCACAAACUAAAUUUCCACAAGCUAGGAGAGGAGCUCGAAUGUGACCAAUGUGACAAAGUUUUCCAUUCUAGGACCAAACUUAAUGCACACAAACGGGCAGUACACUUGGGUCUAAAGAAGGUCUACGAAAGAAAGGCGAAAGACAGCAGCCAAUCCGCGGUGCAAAUUGAAGAAAUUUCGUCGGUGGAAACCAUCAAUGUUCCAAACACUCAAUAUACUACAAUAGAGUGGGAUCUAUUUUAGUUAUGCGAUGGCUAGGUUUUGAAAUUAUGUUCCCCUCAGUGCAUUGAAUAUAAUGUUCUGUUCAAUUGUUUCUCCCAUACAUAAUGCAAUUAAAUGUAUUUUGUAUCUGUUAUCCAUUAUUAUGAAAUACAAUAUUGGAAGAAUA